GGCUGAUGAUUUUAUUUUUUGAAAUAAAAUUAAUUAAUUGCAUUUUAUGUUGUCUUCUUUUAAAAUCAAUAGUAUAAGUUAAUUAAAGUGUAAAACUAUAAAAUAUUUGUAACUAAACUGGAAGCUUUUUGAGUAAUUCUUAAAGUUUUUUCAAGAAUUAAUUCUUAAACAAAAUAGUAAGGAAAUUAUAGGUUUUUGGGUAUAUAAAUAUUCAGAGGUUUUCGUAACAAUUUAUUUUAAUUAUGACUGAACAAAAGACAAACCCAGCAAAAUAUUUUCUUUGCGGAGGAUUUGGUGGAAUAUGUACUGUAAUCACAGGACAUCCUCUUGAUACAAUAAAGGUGCGAUUACAAACUAUGCCGAUUCCAGCAGCCGGCCAGGCUCCAUUAUAUGCUGGAACAUUUGAUUGUGCGUCGAAAACUAUAAAAAAUGAAGGAUUUCGCGGGUUAUAUAAAGGAAUGUCAGCACCAUUAGUUGGUGUUGUACCGAUAUUUGCAAUAAGUUUCUUCGGUUAUGGAUUAGGGAAGCGCUUGUUACAAACGGGUGAUAAUAAGCUCACAUAUAAUGACCAUUUUUUGGCUGGGGCUUUCUCAGGAUGUUUUACAACGAUUAUUGUGGCACCAGGUGAAAGAAUUAAGUGUUUAUUACAAGUUCAAGCUAAUACUGAGGGGCCAAAGUUAUAUAACGGUAUGGUUGACUGUGCAAAAAAAUUGUACAGGGAAGGUGGCAUGAAAAGUCUGUAUAGAGGUACACUUCCAACAUUUUUGAGAGAAAUUCCUGGAGGUGGUCUUUAUUUCUUUGCUUAUGAAUAUGUUCAGGAUAAAGCGAAAGAAAGAUCUGGUUCACAAACAGUUAGUCUUUUACAAACAAUAUUUGCUGGUGGUGCAGCUGGUAUGGCAUAUUGGAUUUUAGGUAUGCCACCAGAUGUUAUUAAAAGCAGAUUACAAACUGCUCCAAGUGGUAGAUAUCCUGGUGGUGUAAGACAAGUUUUAAGUGAAUUAUUAAAAACAGAAGGACCAAGAGCUCUUUAUAAAGGUGUAACACCGGUUAUGUUAAGAGCAUUCCCAGCAAAUGCUGCAUGUUUUGUAGGUUUUGAAUUACUUAUGAAAUUCUUUGAUAAAUUUUUCCCGAACUUUUAGUGUAUAAUUUUUAAUACACAUACAUAACUACAUAUAUAUAUAAUUUUAUUUGAAUAUUUUAAUUUUAUAACAAUCAAAGUAGUAAAUCACAAUAAUUAGUUAUUUUAAAUGACAACAUGACUGGGAAAUUACUUUUAUAUAAUAGCUAGUAUAUAGAAAAAAAAAAGAAAAAUAACAAAAAACCUAUGUAAAACUUGGAUUUUUUUUUAAUAGCAAUAUUGUUAAUUCAUUUAGAUGGUUAGUUUACUAAAUUUACCAUUUUGAUUUUUUCAAGAAAAUAAAAAUACAGAACUCUCUAAUUGU